AGGCGACAUAUCUUUCAACGUUCGAAAGCAGCUAUGGCGCCAAUAAUUCUAUACGAUUACGACGCGAGCCCUCCGUGCACCCUAGUGCGUAUUGUGGCCCGUCUGGUUGGCGUGGAGCUCAAGAAAGUCAAACUAAAUGACGUCAUACAAGAACUGGCUUCUACUGAAAUGACGCUGAAAAACCCGCAGCGCACAAUUCCGACGCUGGAUGACAACGGUUUAAUUCUUGCUGAAAGCCGUGCUAUCGCUAUGUAUCUAAUAUCGAAAUAUGCGAAGGACGAUUCACUGUACCCGAGUGACCCGUCUACGCGAGCUCUAGUAGAUCAGCGGCUGUUUUUUGACUUCGAUAUCUACGGAGCUAUUGGGAAAAUCUGGUACGCAGUUAUUGACGGAAAACCACCAGACCAGACGUAUGUGGACAAAGUAAACGGUGGACUAGAGACUUGGAACAGAAUGCUAGAAGGAAAGCAGUGGCUCGCAGGGGAUAACAUCACACUGGCUGAUUACUCUGCUGCUCUAAUUGUGUCAACAACUCAGAUUAUUCCAAAAACGGAAUUUAAUCCAUACAAGUACAAAAAUAUUGCUGAGUGGCUCUCUAGAGUUGAGAGCUCUAACCAAAACUACGCAGACGAGAUGAAAGUAUUUCGUGAAGCCGUGAAACCUCAUCUAGACAAGAUACAAAAAAAAUCAAAGUGAUGAUUUUUUUAGUACCCACUGU